CUUCACGACCAGAAUCGAAGACGAAUAGAGACAAUCCAUCAUGUAAUCUUGCGAAACGAAGGAAAUACAGAACAUAUGUCUUGGAAUUACCCUGAAAUUUCGCUGGAAGACUUGAUGAAGCUGGUGAAAGGGUUUGUGGACAUGCUGAUUUUGACAUCUGGGCAUCAAUCUUCUGGUUUUCCUGCUCAAUGGGACGCUGAGAAUUGCAGGAAAGCCCUUCAAUGGGGCCUUUUCUUCGAAAAUGUGUUAAAGAGCAUAACCAGUUCAGACAAAUAUGCGAAAUCCGUGAUAGAGCUUGACGAAGCUAUAUCUGAAAUGAAAUCCAACCCACUGUUUCCAAAGGGUCUAGGGAGUUUAUCAUCAAGCACUCUUAUCAAGGGGAGGGAGUUUGUCUUAGGGCAUUUGGUGGAUAAUGUCACAUUGAGGGACAAACACCUCAAGGCCAUUCUGGUUGCCGCUGUGGAAUUGGGUGAUGAUGUUAUAGAUAUCAUCACUAGCAAGCUCCAGAAGCGGCAAUCUGUGGUUUCAUGUGCAUCUGCACUUGAGACAGGUUUGGACAUUCUCUCCAAGAACAUAGAAAAUGGCUGUUGGUCAAAAGAGGCAUUAGCGGAAGAUGGCGAUCAGACGUUACUGAGUUGGGGACAGCAGCUUGUUGAACUUUCCACUUGGAAUAACUGGAAAUCAAAGAGUGUAUCGUAUUUUCUCAGCAAAAGAACCAUGAAAUUAGUAUCUGGUGCAAGCUUGAUAUUUUCUGCACCGAAGGUUCAGUGGGCAGAAGUUCUAAAAGGUUUACAUGAUUUUUCUGAAAGCAAUGGUGAUAUUUUUCUUCAAAAGAUUGAGCUGCUGUUACUAGGAUGUGUUGCAAGCAGAUGGACUCAUUUAGUUGAGCACAUCAUGUCAGUCUCUUACAAUUCUGUUACUAUGGCAGAACAAUAUGAGGAGUUGUGCAAACUGCUUCUUCAAAGAUCUAAAAGUUUGAAUCAGCAUGUGGGUACAUCAAAUUCAAAGGUUGAAGAGAUUCUUGAAUUUCUUACUGAAAUACUCCAUGGUUGUGUUCACAAUCUCUGGAGAAUCCCUUGUGCCCUUGCUGGAGCUGCAAUUCCAUCAUGGUCACCUUUGUUCAGCCUAUAUUUCGGGGAAGUAGAGAAACAGUUGAAACAAGGCCCCUCUGCAAGCAGAAUUUGUUCAACUGUUCAAGAUGCGGAGGAAACCAAUAGCGGGGAGCUGGCUGAAAGGAUCUGGGGAAUGUACGCAUUUCACGUCCGCGGAUUCCACCAAAUGAACUGAUGGAUUGGAUGCUGAACGGUAAGUUCAUAAUCAUAUGAUGUGGUUGUUUCCGCUUUUAUGUGGGGAUAUUGUUGUGUCUAUGUGAUGAUGAUACCUUUUUCUGGAUAUUAAUUAUAAAUAUAUUAAUAUCCAUGUUAACAUAUGUAAAUAUCGACAUAAAAAA